AUGUCCAAGAAGGAGAGCAGCAAGUCCGUGCUGGACCUGGAGAGGUACUUGAACCAGCCAGUCAAAGUCAAGUUCUCGGGUGGACGAGAAGUCAAAGGCAUUUUGAAAGGACAUGACGCUGUAGCAAACCUAGUGCUGGAUGAUGUCCAGGAAUAUCUUCGAGACCCAGAGGACCCAUACAAGGUCUCAGACGAGACCAGAAGUCUUGGAUUGGUAGUUGCACGUGGCACUUCGGUCAUGCUCAUAUGUCCAGUGGACGGCACAGAGGAGAUUGCCAAUCCUUUCGCGGGUGCCGCAGAGGCGCCACCAAAUGCAGUACCUUCUUCUUCGGCGACCGAGUCCUGGUAUGCUGACUACCAACUCAGAUUCCGUCCUGAAGAUGCUGGCGCCGAGCCCUUACUAUGGCGGCUCUAUGCGUGGCAAUUUCAGGAGAGCAUCGUCGACUUCGGCCAAGGGAGAGGACGGCCACCGCUGAGUGCGGCCUUCUUUGUGGUCGAAACGCUUCCGGAUGAGACCCAGCAGCAGAUCCUGCAAGAGUGCCCUGGGCUCCUGUUGACGGCCGUGCUGCUCGUCGCAGAGGCACGGCUCUCUGCCGGAGGCUGCCUGGAGGCAGAGAACUUGGUCCAGAAGGCUUGGCGAUGGACGGCUCAGCAGCCAUCUGAAGCAUCUGUCGAAUCUUCGACUUGGUGGGAGGGCUUCUCAAGCUCCCUCAAUGAGGUGUCGAGGCGGGCUCCUGGCUGGGGCUUGGAGGCCCUGGGCCGCCGGGUCCUCCAAGCCCGAGCGCUUUGUCCCAGAUCGGCUCCCAGAAGGGUCUUGCUUCAGAGGUGCGAGACGGCAAAGUUGGACGUGGUGGUCGCGUUUUGUAAGGAGGACCUGAGCUGGCUCGCGGACCUUGCGGAUGCAAGGUUGUGGCUCUACGCAAAAUGUGCCCCCGACACGGCGGCACUGGAAAGGCAAGGACUGCUUGGACUGCCAUGCGCCACACUGGAACAGCUUCCAAAUCUCGCCAUGGAGUCCUUAGCUUAUGCUGUGCAUCUAGAGCGCCGCUAUGGCAUGUAUGCACAGUUCACGAUGUUUCUUCAAGGGGAGCCUUUUGAACACGCUCCGCGAGCACUUGUGGGAGAUGUACUCUCUGCCGUACACGCGGGAAUCUACAAGGUGCCGUUCUUGCACCUGAACCUACGGCGCUUCCUCGCAGGGAGCAGUUUCUGCCUAAGGGACGUGUACUCGCGUCUCUUGGAAGAUGAAGUGCCAGAGGCCUUUGGCUCAUACUGCUGCAGCCAGUUCGUCGUCCGUUCUGACCGACUGCUGCGUCGGAGCCGCGCCUUCUACCAGCGGCUUAGCAGUAUCCUGCUGGGUGAGACACCUCUGGCUUGCGCGCAGGACGUGAAGUACGAUCCACGACCAGGGAUAGCCGUAUCUGCUCUGUUUGAGCAUUUGUGGCACGUCGUUUUGGGCGAACCGGCUGUUCUGACUGCCAGACGCAGCAAUCCAGAGCUCCCGCUCUUUGCACAGAUCGACGUCAGUGAAGGGGAGCUGCCCGACUUCUUCACAGAUAAGACAUAA